UUUUUUUUUUUUUGACACUUCCGGGUCCUGCGUCGCUCCGGAAGCCCGCGAGUUCCGGAAGUCUGGGUAGUCCGGGUUCUGCUAGGAGAAGCCGAGCUUCCCAGAUAACAAUGUUUCAGGAAGAGUUGCGUGCAGCGGGGGCGUGUCGCCGACUGCUCAGCUCCUGGCUGGUGUGAGGCAAGGGUUUCACAGAAGAGUUUGCAACGGAAAUCCCCACUGCCGUCGCCAUAGGCUGGCGAGUCUUGAGGGAGCUGCCGGAAAGGGAGGGAGGUGAGACCCCUCAGAAGGCAGUUGGCAUGUGUGGAAACCUUCAGGGAAGGCAUGGCUUCCAGAGAAGAGAGUACGAAGAGGACAAACAGGGUGCUAAGGAUAAGUCAGCUGGAUGCGCUUGAACUCAACAAGGCCCUGGAGCAUCUGGUUUGGUCCCAGUUCUCUCAGUGUUUCCAUGGAUUUAAGCCCGGCCUGUUGGCCCGCUUUGAACCAGAGGUGAAAGCACUCCUGUGGCUUUUCUUGUGGAGAUUCACCAUCUACUCUAAAAACGCCACCGUGGGACAGUCAGUUUUGAAUAUUCAGUACAAAAACGAUUUUUCCCCGAACCCGAGAUACCAGCCGCCAAGUCAGAAUCAAAAACUCUGGUAUGCUGUCUGUACAAUCGGUGGGAAGUGGCUAGAAGAACGAUGCUACGACUUGUUUCGACACCCUCAUUUAGCAUCGUUCAGGAAAGCUAAGCAGUGUGUGAAUUUUGUGGUUGGACUUUUGAAAUUAGGUGGGUUGAUUAAUUUCUUGAUCUUCCUUCAAAGGGGCAAGUUCGCAACUUUGACAGAACGUCUGCUAGGCGUUCGUUCUGUAUUUUGCAAACCCCAAAACAUACGUGAGGUUGGCUUUGAGUAUAUGAACAGGGAGCUUCUCUGGCAUGGUUUUGCUGAGUUUCUGAUUUUUCUCUUACCACUUAUCAACAUCCAGAAGUUGAAAGCCAAGUUAUCUGCAUGGUGUAUCCCUCUCACGGGCACUCCUAAUAGUGACAGUACGUUAGCCACCAGCGGCAAACAGUGUGCUCUGUGCGGAGAGUGGCCCACCAUGCCUCACACCAUAGGAUGCGAGCACAUCUUCUGUUAUUACUGUGUUAAGAGUAGUUUCUUAUUUGACAUGUACUUUACGUGUCCCAGGUGUGGCACAGAGGUACGCAGUCUGCAGCCACUCAAGUCGGGAAUUGAGAUGUCAGAAGUGAAUGCUCUUUAGAAAUUAAACUUGUUUCCUCUGAGGAAAACUGGAUUAAGUUUAUUAGUCAUCCUAAGUAUACCAUUUAGGUGUCUCUUAUGAGGGCGUGUGCUUCUUAGCCGCUGGCUUUCUGUUCCUUUCCCGGCAUGACUAAAUUCUAAUCACUGGAAACCACAGGCUUCUAAAAAUACUAUGUAAACAAUAAGGUUGUAUUUUUUUAAAAUAUCAUUGCAUUCACUUUGGAAUGUCAAGAAUAAUGGACAGUUUUUGUCAAAUGGCUACCAAGAAUGCUCCUUCAUUUUGCUACUUCCUGGAAAGAGGUUAGACUCUAAAAAUAAAAGAUUUUGGAGACUCUCGGGCAAGCGUGCAUUUAUUUUCAGAGAAGGCAUUGUAACUUCCUAGGCAUAUAACAUAACAACAAGACCCUGUUGUUUUAAACCUUAAGAGCUGAUGUCCCAGUUGUAAUUUUAAGCUUUUCUGUGAAGCCAGUUUUUAAGGGGUGCAGUCAGCUUGUUCUCAGACAAAAUGAUGGCCACCAGAAGCUCAAGACUUUGUUCUGCCAGCUUUCUGAUCCCACUAGAAUAAAAUCUUCUUGCCUGAUAGUUCCAGUAAGGUCCAGGAGCUCACUGUCAUCGGUCUGCCUGAGAUUAUGUGCACAUUUCCUGAACCAGGAUGGAAAAAUACUGCUCCCGAUUGCCCAAAUGUGGGUGGCACGCCCUCGUGUAUACCACAUGAACCUAAAGUGGGAGAGGAGGCAGUUCACCCUGGGAAACUGUGGUGCUGUUGUAAGAAUGGUGGAUGCUGGGCAAGUGAAAACAGUGGAUCCGCAGUAGAGGCUGUACUUGCCUUCUUCAUACCAGAAGAAGUCUACGUGCAGUCUUUCAUUUUACCAGUGAGCUCAUUCCAUAAGCACAUUAACGAGUAACUGAAUGGUUGUCUUAGAUUGCAGAUUUGGAAGGAUUAAAUAAACAAGGUCAACAAGACUUUCUUGUACGAACAAUUUUGUUAUAUUGU